CAAGAGAGUCAUGAGGGCCACUUCUGCUGGACUGCUCUGGCUCGCAGAGGUACGGAGAAGCAGGGGGGUUGUAUAUUUAGCUGAGUGAAAAUCAUGUCGUAGAUUAUGUCUUGGGGCUCUCAGGUUUCACCUUCAGAGGUUUUCUGGUGGACCCAAGGGCACUGGAGUGAGCAAGCAGCCCCCCAGGUGUUAAGGGGGCAGGAGACAUUUUCCACUCACUUCAUGGCCGGACGUUCGACUUAACACACCUCUCUGGACUGAAAAGGGAAGACAGAGACCUCGAUAGAAAAAUCAGGGAGAGCUCCAAAACCUUCCAUUGCAAGAAGGCCACAACAGAGAUACUCUUUGGAGGGGUUCUGGUUUAGACUUGCAACCACCCGCAGUGUGGACCUCUGGAGUUAUAUUUGAGGAGCAGUAAUGGAUAUUUUGGCUUUAGAGGCAAAGGGGGGCAAGGCUGAGGCUGCUUCAGCAUCUGCCCCAGCUAAAAGCAGGCCCAAAGUGCCCAAAAAGCCUAAACGAAUUGUUUACUUUGAGGUGGAGAUCCUGGACGCCAAGACCAAGGAGAAACUGCUGCUGCUGGACAAGGUUGAACCUUCUGCCACUAUUUUGGACAUAAAGUCUAUGUUCCACAAAUCAAAUCAGCGCUGGUAUCCUGCCAGGCAGUCGCUGUGCCUGGACCCCAAGGGAAAGCCCUUGAAAGAUGAAGAGGUGCUCCAGCUGCUUCCUGUGGGAACCACAGCGACUUUCUACUUCAGAGACCUGGGAUCACAGAUCAGCUGGAGAACCGUGUUCCUCACUGAGUGCAUUGGGCCGCUCUUCAUCUAUCUGAUGUUCUAUUUCAGAGUGCCUUUCAUCUACGCCCCCAAAUACGACUUCACAACCAGCAAACACUGGGUCGUGCACCUAGCAUGCCUGUGUCACUCCUUCCAUUACGCAAAGAGGAUCCUGGAAACACUGUUUGUCCAUCGCUUCUGCCAGGGCACCAUGCCACUGCGCAACAUUUUCAAGAAUUGUCUGUACUAUUGGUGCUUUGCUGCGUGGAUGGCCUACUACAUAAACCAUCCACUCUACACACCACCGUACUACGGGGAGCAGCAAGUGAAGACAGCGCUUGGGAUUUUUCUGUUCUGCCAGCUGGGGAGCUUCUCCAUUCACAUCACUCUCCGCAAUCUCAAACCUCCUGGUUCUAAGACCAAGAAGAUUCCAUAUCCAACCAAGAAUCCUUUCACAUGGAUCUUUGCACUCGUUUCAUGCCCAAAUUACACAUACGAGGUGGGCUCCUGGCUGGGCUUCACCGUGAUGACGCAGUGCGUCCCUGUGGCCUUCUUCACCAUCGUCGGCUUCAUACAGAUGACCGUGUGGGCCAAAGGCAAGCACCGCAGCUACCUGAGGGAGUUUAAAGAAUACCCAACACUGCGCUCGCCCAUCCUGCCCUUCGUCCUGUAGACUCUUUCUGUCUUACUUACACACUGCUGUACUGGGCCAGUUUGUAUGAAGCAUCUCAAAGUAAGGCUUCUAAUUCAGAAUCAGCUCCCAGAUCAUUGAUGAAUGACUGCAUAAAUGGCAGCUGAUCUUAGAUUUGGCACUUUUAAUUGGGAAAAAUAGGAAAGAUUUUGCAUAUGCAACCUCAGGAGAGCUCAUAUCACUCUGUGCACAAUUUAAACUGGCAACUGAACAACAUUUGUGAUGGGAUAUCGCUUCAGAAAAGAACUAACACCACCAGGGUAAAUAGAAACCCCAGCAUUUUUCAACCUGAUUAGCCAUAUCUGUAUUGUAUGGAAGCCUGUUAGAGGAGUUUUUUUCACCCUCCUUCUAUAUUUGUGUCACAACAUUGACUUUCUCAAAAUAUUGGCUUAACAUCUCAAAAUGGACUUUGUAUCUCAAAAUACUGUCAUAGUAUCUUGAAAAUAAUGACCUACUUUCUGAAAAUAUUGA